AUGAGCCAAGAUUAUUUCUCAAAGAAGGGCAAGGCACCCAUGGACCAGGAACUUGAAAAGGACGACAACGACGCGCCUUACCAACCAGUGCCGUCAUCGAGCAGGCCACCGCAAUUCAUGACCGUUGGAUCCGGCUCCACCUCUGCACAUGCAGCGCAUCUCCAGUCGCUCCUCGAGAACGACUCUGGGUACGGCGGCAGUAUCGCGGACGGCAACGCAAUGACAUCCUCUGGCGACCGACACAUUCCGACUCCUGUCAAUGGCCAGCUCUCCGAAGCUGACCGGCGCAGUCAGGCGGGCGCUAUUCACCAGCUGUGGUACAAUGCCCACAGAGUGACGCUGGGUCGCUCCAUCAACAAGGUCAUUGAGCUCUUGAAGGAGUUGCAAGAGAUGAAUGUUUCCUGGCCAGCACAUUAUCCGUCUGUUCAGCGAGCCGAGGGAGCACGCCCUGCCCCGUCACACUCGUACUCAACCAUCGGCGAAGCCCCCGCGUCCAUGUCCGCCUCGUCAGUUCCGUCGUCUCCGACCGCUCCUCCAUCCUUACGACGAUCUUUUACAUCGCUAGAAGCCCGCGAGAGUGCCGAGUCGAGCCGGGCCCAGGAAAGACGGGCACCGGAAGAACCGCGACUCGUCACCCCCCAAAUCGCCCAAGACUUUUCGGUCCUCAAACUAGACCUCAAGCUGGGCUCGCUUCACCAGGCAGAGCUUGUCCACUCCUUGGAGAAGGGCUCCAUCGCCUCCCUUCUGGAUGGCAAGAUCAGCUCUAGCGUCCGACACUUACUCAACCUCCGAGAACGAAUCGAAGAUACAUCCAGCAAAGUCUUGAUCACUGGUGAUUUGAAUGCCGGAAAAUCGACUUUCUGCAAUGCUCUGCUUCGAAGAAAGGUUCUUCCCGAGGAUCAACAACCUUGCACGGCAAUCUUUUGCGAGGUCCUGGAUGCAAGGGAGAACGGAGGCCUCGAAGAGGUGCACGCUGUUCACAAGGACGCCGACUACGACCGCCAUAACGAGAGCACAUACGACGUUUACAAGCUGGCGCAGCUCGAGGAGCUCGUGGUGGACAACGAGAAAUACACCCAGUGCAAGGUCUACGUCAAGGACGUACGAACCAUUGACGAAUCUCUGCUGAAUAAUGGUGUGGUGGAUAUUGCUCUGAUCGAUGCCCCGGGUCUCAACUCUGAUACAACCAAGACGACGGCUGUUUUCGCCCGACAGGAGGAAAUCGAUGUCGUCGUCUUCGUGGUAUCAGCUGCGAAUCACUUCACUAUGACGGCUAAGGAGUUCAUCUGGGCAGCCGCUGCCGAGAAGGCCUACCUUUUCAUUGUUGUCAAUGGCUACGACAACAUUAGAGACAAAAACAGGUGCCAAAAGAUGAUUCUCGACCAGGUCCACGGACUCAGCCCGAGAACGCACAAGGAAUCAAAUGAGCUGGUUCAUUUCGUCUCGAGUAAUGCUGUUCCUACAGCUCCCGCGCACCCGGGCGGGCCCUCCGGUGGAGGCAGUGGCGGAGGUGGUGGUGAUGACCCUGGAGACGACCCGAAGGGCAAGGGCAAGGACGUUGAGAAGAUCCGAGACUUUGAGAACCUCGAGCAGUCGUUGCGAAGAUUCGUCCUCGAGAAACGCGCCAGAUCCAAGCUGGCACCGGCAAAGACCUAUCUGCUCAACAUCCUGAACGACGUCCACGUUCUUGCCAACGUCAACUCCGAGGUUGCCAACUCCGAACUUGACCGCGUCGUCAAGGAACUCAAGGAGAUUGAGCCCCAGCUCGAAUCAAGCCGGAAGGCCACCGCACAGGUUGGCGACGAGAUUGACAAGAUUACCGAAGGGACGUGCAAGGAGGUCUACGACUACACACGGACGACCCUCAGCACGGCUAUCGACCAUGCUGGGGACAACAACCACGGCGUCCCUUACCGGGGCAUCUUCAAUGCGUUUGAGUACGCGGAAGAGCUCAAGGAAGCCAUGAUGUCUUACAUCCAUGAGUCGGUUGUUGCCUGCGAGGACCACGCAAAGACCAAGACGGUUGGCGGCGUCAACGCCAUCAAGCAGCUCGGCAUCAUGCAUCUCGGCAACGACUACCAAAGCCUGGUGUUCCGGCCCGACGUCAUGUUCAAGAGAAAGCGCGACUCAAUGGCACGCAAUGUCGAUGUCCCCACUGAACUCUGGGACUUUGUCGACUGGCACACCAUCGCCCAGAAGCAGGAGAAGGUGGCAGGCACUGGAAUGGCUCUCACUGUCGCGGGAGCUCUCGUUCCUCGCAUGAUGGGUUCCAGCGGCUGGUUGGACCACGCGUUGAGCGCAGCGAAGAUCAUGGGCAACGACAACCUGCGUCGCCUCAUUGUCCCUGCCAUCCUCGCAGCUUCAUUCGCGGCCGUCGCCUACAUUCUCAACCAGAUCCCCAACUCCCUGCCCCACCGGCUUUCGGCCAAGAUUGCGGCUCAGCUGGAGGCAGUCGACUACGUGCACACUAACUCUACGCGCAUCUCGGGCUCCGUCCGCAAGGUCCUGCGCUUCCCCGCCGACAACCUCCGCGUCGGUCUCGAGCAGUCCGUCAAGGAUCUCGGCAAGCGCCGCGAGGAGACGCUCAAGGUCCGCCAGGAGAGCGAGGUCGCGCUAAAGUACUUUGGCAACCUCGUUCGCAACAGCGCGCAGCAGAGGACCGUCGUCGAGGGCGUCGACCUGGAUGCCCCGCCGCCGGGCGCCGUCGGUGCCGGCCUUCACUGA